GCUGCCUUUCUCUUUAUCUCUGUGCAGUUUAAAUAAGCAUUCUUUUACAGAUCUGUAUACCUCUCAUUAUCUUUUCUCAAUUCCUCUUUAGACUUUUUCACUCCUUUGAAACAACACGUCUAAAUUACCACAAUGAAGUUCACAUCUACCUUGACUGCCUCGGCACUUGUGCUCGCCUCUCAAACCAUGGCGAUGCCCGUCGAGAAGCGCGAUAUCCCAUCCUCCUACUACAACGACAUGCCGAUCACUGGCUCAAUUUUCGCAUUUGGUGAUGACGCCUCCUGCAAUCAAGUUUUCUACAAUUCUGGUAGCUGCGGCUUUUCUACCUACUUUCCCUCGUUGAAUCCUAGCUCGACCGGUGCCGAACUGAUCGCUUUGUCCGCAUCUGUCAUGGACCAGUUUGGCGCCGCUCAGAAUGACGAGCUGUGUGGCAAGACAAUUGAAAUUACCGGACCUAACGGCGUAACUAAGCAAGCUGUUAUUGCCGACAGGGCCGGUGCUGACAUUAUUGAUAUGUGCUCUGGUCUCUGGACGGCCUUCGGAAGCCAGGACGGCGACGGAACCAACAUCCAAAUUCAGUGGAAAGUUGUUCAGUAGUCAUCUUGCUGACAUUGGAGACCGCAACGUUUCCGUAUCUUGAUUUCAAGCUCAUCGACACUUUUGUUAAUUCGGGAUCAAGCGGCUGCAUAAUUCGAACUGCGGAUGCGGUUGGUUGGGCCAUUCAACUGCGGAUAACAAGGAUGGUUGGGUGCGCU